AUGCCGACGCACUUCACGCCGUCGCAGGCGCACGCGGCAUCGCACCACGCGGCGCACCACCACCACCACCACCACUCGGCGGCGGCGGCGGCGGUCACGGCCACGGCCACCGCGCGCCUGCACGCGUCCGCCGCGCCGCCGGCCUCGGCGUCGGCCGCAGCCGCGGCGCUGUGCCCGCCGCACCUCCUCGCGGCGGCUUCCCCGGCCGCCUCCUCCUCCGCGGCGUGCCCGCCCGCGCACGGCCCCAUCUUCGUCGGCCCCGGCGCGCCGUGGGCGCAGCAGCCCCAGCGCGCCGCGGCGGCGGCGGCCGCGCUCGGCCCGGAGUUCCGCCGCGCGCGCACCACCAAGACCAUCUCCAAGCGCACCCGCGGCGGCGGCGGCGGGGGCGCGCAGGACCGCGGGCGCGUGUCCUCGGCCGCCGCGGGUCGCUGUGUUGAGAAGCUGCUCCGCGUCGCGCCUGAAGAUAGGCGAGGGCUUGGUUCGGCCCUCACGUCCUUCCGGGGCGAGUUACUUGGUCCUGAGGACUACUGCCAGGUUCUCCGGGAGCUCGGCGAUAGGGAUAAAUCCGCACUCCGUGCGUUCGGGGUGUUCUAUGCCGCACUACCCUUAGUUGGGGGUGGUGCUGUUGACAAGGGAAAACUUCUGACUGCCGCCAUUGGUGCACUUGGCAAGAUGGGCCGGCCAGACCUCGCCAGGAGGGCUUUUGAUAGUGGCAUUGCAGGGGGCUAUGGCAACACGGUGUUUGCGCACUCUGCGCUCAUCUCAGCUUAUGCCAGGAGCGGGCUUGCAACUGAAGCCAUGGGGGUGCUUGAGUCGAUGAAAGGUGCAGGCUUGCGGCCUACGACGGUAUCAUACAAUGCAGUGAUUGAUGCAUGUGGAAAGGGGGGUGUUGACCUUAGGUUCACACUCGGGUAUUUUCGUCAGAUGCUGCAGGAUGGGCUCUGUCCAGACCGUAAAACGUUUAAUUCACUUCUUGCUGCAUGUAGUCGGGCUGGGCAUUUGGAAGAUGCUCACACUGUCUUUGAUGAAAUGAUCCAUCUUGGUAGUGGGCGUGACAUUUACACUUACAAUACAUUUGUCGAUGCUAUUUGCAAGUGUGGCAACAUGGAGCUGGCUAUGCAAGUUGUAUUGGAUAUGGAAGCAAACAACAUCAAGCCAAAUGUUGUUACAUAUAGCACGCUUAUGGAUGGAUUCUCCAAACUGGAGAAGUAUGAUGAGGCACUCAAGUUGCGUGAAAAGAUGAAGUCUUUGGGAAUUCAACUGGACCGAGUUUGCUACAACACCUUACUGGCCAUAUAUGUGAAGACAGGGAAGUAUGAUGAAAUCGCUACUGUGUGUGAAGAGAUGGAGAAUUUGGGUAUUGAGAAGGACACUGUUACUUACAAUUCCUUGAUUAAUGGCUACGGAAAGCAAGGACGCUUGGACAUGGUUGCUUUCCUUGUUCAAGAUAUGCGGGCACAAGGUGUAGCUCCUAGUGUGCUGACAUACUCAACUUUGAUAGAUAUCUAUUCAAAGGCAGGAAUGCAUGGAGAUGCAUUUAAUGUCUAUUUGGAUUUUAAGGAGUCUGGUCUAAAAGCAGACGUUGUUCUGUUCAGCUCUUUUAUUGAUACAUUGGCCAAGAAUGGUUUGGUUGAGUGUGCUUUGUCUUUGCUUGAUGAGAUGAUGAAGAUGGGUAUCAAGCCAAAUGUUGUAACCUACAACACAAUUAUUGAUGCAUUUGGCAAGUCGAAGAUUCUUACUGAGGAGGAUCCUGAUAUUGGGCACAUGGGAAUUGUUGGGGUUUAUGGCGGUCAGAUUGUAAGGGCCACUAAUCCAGUGGCAAGAGGAGGGCGCUCUGCCACUGAUGUUAGGAUGAGGAGGUCACAGGAAUUAUUUUUCAUUCUGGAAUUGUUUCAGAAGAUGGUCCAGCAGGGUGUACGGCCAAAUGUUGUAACAUUUUCUGCGAUCCUUAAUGCUUGCAGUCGCUGUAAUAGUUUUGAAGAUGCAGCCCUUUUACUGGAACAGCUUCGCUUGUUUGAUAACUCUGUCUAUGGGGUUGCAUAUGGGCUUUUGAUGGGCCAUCGAGAAGCUUGGUCUCAAGCACGGUCCCUCUUUAAUCAGCUGGGCCGCAUGGAUUCUCCAACAUCUUCUGCCUUUUAUAAUGCUCUUACUGAUGUGCUAUGGCAUUUUGGCCAGAGGCAAGGAGCUCAGCAAGUUGUGCUUGAAGGGGUAAACCGUCGUGUUUGGGAGAACACAUGGGGUGAUUUCUGCUUGGACCUGCACCUUAUGUCAUGUGGUGCAGCUCAAGCAAUGGUACAUGCAUGGCUCCUGAAUGUGCGGUCUAUUGUCUUUGAAGGUCGAGCUAUGCCUGAAUUUUUAAGCAUUCUGACAGGUUGGGGAAAGCAUAGCAAGAUAGCUGGUUCAAGCACUCUCCGUCGUGUCAUUGAAGCAUUGCUCCUUUCAAUUGGAGCGCCAUUUCAGGUCGAGCGCUUCAACAUCGGAAGUAUCCAGAUCCAGACAGUUGAACCUCAAAAGUUUUCAUGGAUGGGAUGCGCAGCACAAGAAAGAAUUGCGUCCGGGAGCAAAACACUACCAAGAAAGGGUUUGCUUCACAUGGAUGCAAAGCUAAUGAUUACUUGUGAUCCAACGUUUUUGGAGAGAAUAUGCGGUUGUGCGAGGAGGACAAUAUUGGGAAACCAUGCCAAACCAAACUUGACAGCUGAAAGAGAUUGGUCCAAGGAUUGA